CAAUUUUCCAUCUCCCGCAUUUACACUUCUUAUUUUUCUGCUGCCCAGCUUCUCCUUCAUCUCUUACACCUCAGACAUGGAGUCUACUCUACUCUCCAAACUCGAAUCCUCCAAUCUUCAGAACAUCCAUUCUCUCUUCUCCGAUUACCUUCGCCCAUUAUCAGAUCUCAUCAACUCUCAGAAAUCCAAGCUCACAUCCAAGCGGAAGCAAGAACAAACCUUAGCAAUCCGAUCACUCGCCAAGCAGUUCCUUCCCUUUCUCAAUAAGUCUCUUUCUAUCCUCCCUAAACUUCUAUCAAAUUCUCAACAAAAUCAACAAACCCCAUUUGAAUUGUUUGACACGUACAAAUUAUGCUUGGAUUGCUUGGACGUGGUUUCUUCGCAGUUGUCGUGCAAACCCUACACGGUUCAGAUACAGAGGGUAAGGAUGAUUUAUUGUUUGGUGGCGUGGGAAAGGUAUGAAGAUGCAGGAAGCCAAGGGCUCGGGGUCUUGGAAAGGCUUAGAGGCACUAAUUGUGGUUCGAAUAAAAGGAGUUCGAAGAAGGUGAUAUUGCCGAAAUUGGAAGCCGGUGAUGUGGAAUUUGUGAAGGUGGUAGUGGAGGUGGUGGUGGUGAUUAUUAAGUGUGUUGCAAUGGGGCAGGGCAAGGACUGUGGGGAGUAUAAGAGGGUGCUUGGGCUGGUAGAGGAGGUCAGACCUUGGUUCCGGGAAUUAGAUGCCGAUGUGUACGAGAAGUUUCAUAGGUUACUUGUCACCUAUUUGUCUAAAUGUGCCAUAUUUUUAGUUGGAGGACUAAAGAAUUUUGGUGGGGAUUUAGUGAGCAAAUUUUAUGUGGCAACAUUGACUGAGUAUGAGAAUUCAUCAAUGAAAGACCAAAUUUACAAGUUUUCCCACCGUAUAUGUUCCUCUUUGCUUUUACCGGUGGAUGGUGGAACCUCACUGGUUGUUGACAUGUUAGUUUGUGUGUUGAAGACUCUUGGCGCUAAAUGCAAGGUUGACGUGGAUGAAGAAGAAACUAAGUUUGUUGUACUAGUCUCUUACUGUGCUAAUAAAUGUCAAUUAGCAGGUACUAGCUUUCGUAGUACUGUAGCAAGACAUCUAAACGACAUAAUGGGUGAACUUUUUGAGGUUACAGCCCCUAUCAAUAUUAUUGUUAGACUUUAUGCAAGUGGCUUGUAUUUCACCAGAUGUGAUGUUAAGCAAAAAAUAAGUGACGUCAUAUCCUCUGGGGGGACAAAAGAUGGGUCUGCAAUUAUAAGUUUGCUUGACGCUAAGGAUGAAUGGCAGGAUUUAGCUGCUUUGCUGCAUUUAUUGGAAGAUCACUGUCAUAUUGUUUGCAAAGAUUACUGUGCACAAAAAAAUAUGACCUCUAUGAGUUGUAGUCAGAAGAGUUUGAAGGCUUAUCUGUUGUCUUACUUAGAUGCACUGAAGUUCUUGUGCCAACCACUAGCUGAUUUGAUCAGUUCGGAGAAAAAACAGAUAGUAGAUGGAACUAAACUUUCCUCCGUUUCUACUCAUUUCAGUGUUAUGCUGGAUGCAUUUCAUCAAUUUUGUGAUAUCUAUCUUUUUCUUCUCAAGAAUAAGUCCAAAGGGAGGCUAAUUGAAUUUGAUGAUAACAAGACAAUAUGUACUAUUGUUGUGGCUGCAUUUGUUCUCUCUAUCAAAACAGAGCUUAGCAUAAAGAAGAGUGUGCAGCUAUCUAAGCGUAUUAUUGUCAGUGCACAGCUUCAACCUCAAGAGCUCAAAUAUUUAUUUACCUCUUUUUACAAUAUUGGUGUAGUUCUAUACAGAAAUAAGCAGCUGAAACAGGCUUCAUUGGCUUUGAAAUUAUGCUAUAGAGCAUCAUGGACUUGUGUUGUACUUCUAUGCAAGAUGUUUGAGCAUACAUCACAGGAGUCCCAAGAGGAUCUGUCAGAAGAAGCUAUUACUAACUUUGUCACUGAGUCAUGUACUCGGUGUGCAUUUUUCUUGGAUGUUCUCCACCAAUGUGGUGAUCAUAAGAUUAAAAAAGUCAUUGUAGGCUGUCUUGAAAAUUGGUGCAUGGCUGGAAACUUGUUCACUAGGGUGCCUGCUCCCAUGCCUAUUGUAAAACAAUGGAUCAAGAUAGUAGGCAAACUUUAUAAGGAUUCAAACUUGGGGGUUGAUGAUUUGAGUUUAUAUUCGUUGCUGUCAUCUUCUACUGAAGUGUCAAAGAAGAUGGGAAUAAUUUUAGAACAGGAGCUUCUUGCAUAUGAAGAUAUUUAUUCUCUCGAUCCAGAAUUAUGUAAAUUAAUGCAAAUAAAAAUAUGUGAUAUUCUUUUGAAAGAUGUAUAUACAACAAAGGAUUGUUGCUUAGACAAAUUAAGAAUUUUACUUAAGAAAGGAAGAGCAUUGAAGGCUUCAGGGAUUGAACAUUUGAAGGGCUGUAUUCAGUGUUUAUCUGAAGCAAUUUCUCUAUUGAAUGAUGCUAAUUGUGCAACUCAUAGCAUUGGAACCAAAUCUCAUCAUAAUUUAGCUGCUGCCUAUUGCCUACGAGCAUUCUGUUUACAGGAAGCUGAACCCAACUCAGAGCAAGUCCUUCAAGAUAUUAGUUCUGCCUUAAAUCUGUGGUUGAGCAUGCCGGAGCAUUGCUAUUCAGAUGUCGAGUGCAAAAUUGUGCAUGAACAUACAAUAAUGUUACUCUACAAUGUAAUUGAUCUAUUGUCUAUCAAGGGUGACAUUCAACAUCACAAUGACAUUUAUAAGGUGGUCUUUAGAUUAUUCAAAUGGAAGAAUGUUGAAUUGCAGAAUGGACUGACCAUGUUAUGGGAAUGCAGAAGGCUAACUCAUGCUCUUUGUGUUUCACCCAUAAAUGAGGCAUUGAUUCUGAACUUAUCAGAGCACUGUGGUGAACAUUUAAAGUCUGUUGAUUUCUGGAUUGAUUUACUAAAGGGAUCCCGUCCAUUGCUAGUUGGAUUAAAACAAAAUCUACCGCUUUUACCUCUUAACUUUUCCCAAAAUUUAUCAAAUCAUGAAUAUCCUCUUCGAUCAGAGAUCACUGUUGGUGAUGUGAAAGAAGCAGCUUCUGAACUCAUUUCUAAUGUUCCUCUAUCCAAUCAAUCUGCUUUUCUUGUGGGAUAUCUCUACUAUGAUUUGUGUGAAAAACUUAUCUCAUGGGGUCGACUCUCUGAGGCUCUUUCAUAUGCAAAAGAUGCCCAUCGGUUGCGUACUCAGCUCUUUCAAGAGAAAUUUAAGUAUUCUGUCGAGCAGCAAGUUGAAAAGUGCAAUGAUUUUGGAAACGAUAUUGAGAAGCAUAUGUACAAUCUUACAGAUUUCCAAGUGUCCAAGUCAGUUGCUUGUGUAAUGUGGUCCUUUGAGACUGUUUUGAGGGAUGUGAAUGGUUGUUAUCUUAGUCCCUGGAAUGUGCUUCAAUGUUAUCUGGAAAGCACUCUUCAGGUGGGAGUUAUCAAUGAAUUGAUUGGAAAUGGCAAGGAGGCUGAAACCCUUCUUCUAUGGGGAAAAACCAUCUCAUCCUUGCAAAGCUUAUCACUAUUUACAGUUGCAUUUUCUUCUGUUUUAGGGAGACUGUACCGUAAGGAACAUCUUUGGGAUUUGGCAGAAAAAGAGCUCCUAAAUGCCAAACAAAUAUUGGUAAAGAGCGGCAAAGAUUUUUCUUGCCUGAAGUGUAGAUUGAUACUCGAAGUCACUGUUGAUCAACAGCUUGGUGAUCUACAUCGAAGUCAUUUUGAUAGCACUCACAGGAGUUCUACAAUAGAGAGAUUAUCAUAUGCCCAAAGCCUAUAUAAGUCAGCCUUACACAACCUAAAUCAGUCCGAAUGGAAGAACCCUGUUAGUUGUCCUAUAGAGGCGAGCGAUGGUGGCAUUAGAAAAGCUUGUUUCAAGAGUGUUGAUAACUGUUCUGAGGUCUCUUCCGAUUUUGAAAGAAUUCUGUCAGAUAGAAGAGAAUCAGCAGAGGAUCCAGAAAGAGAGAUGGAUGGUAGAAGACAUAGGAAAACUAGGGGUGCAUCAAAAACUUUGAUAAAGGAGCAACGUUUGGUAAAUCGUUCCACGCGUCAAUCCUCAAAGGACCAAAAUAUACACAGUUCUUUUAACAUGAAAACUGAAAACAUAAAGCAAUUGACAUCUAGUAAUAUCUCUAGCAGUUAUGUUAAAUCUACCUCAAGGGAGUUACCGUUGGAAGUAAAGAAUCCAACUAGUGAUGCUUGCAUUUGCGACAAAAUGAUGUGUUGGCUAUGCCUUCGAAAAGAAGUUAUGGAAUCUGGUCUACUAAGCAAUUACAUUAGUUUGAAAUGGGAGAUUGUUCGUAGGCGGCUUUCCUUGAGGGUGCUCAAUGGCCUAGGAAAAUGCUUGGAAAGUUGUGGCCAAACUCAUCAGGCACAUGAUUUUAUCUUGCAAAGUAUUUCCACAAUGUUCAGCAGAAAUGCUUUCUAUCACAGUUACUCUUCUUCUUUGGUAUUGCUUGAUUUGAUUGAAAAGGAGUUCACUGGAGAUGUAUUCACCAUUGAACGUGCAACGCUGCUUUAUAAUAUCUGUUUGUUAUCCCUAAAGGGUUACCAUUCCAAGAAUAUAAGGACUACAUGCUGUAAUGUAUUUAAUAUUGAGUUAGAAAAAGUGGCAGGUUGGUUGAUGUUAGCCUUUGUUCUUUGCCGUGAAGUUCCCAUGCUUUUCCAAAAGGUCUCGAGAUUGCUUGCUACUAUAUUUUUACUGUCGGCUUCAAACAAAGAUUCCUGCUUGCCAUCUUCUGAUAAUGCACCAUCCCAAAGUCAAUGGGCUUCUUAUUUUCAUCAAGCUUCCCUUGGGACUCACAUUAGUUACAAGUUCUUUUCAAAUAUGAGUGCGAGAUGUAAAUCCCCAGACCUCGUGAAUCCUGAGGGCUUGCAGGUAACUGGCCCAACUUGCAUAGGUUCAGGAAAAUCGGAUUUUUCCAGCAGCAGGCUUGCUCCUGAGUCUAUUCAAGAACUUGAAAAAUUUGCAACGGAGUUUUUUAAAGGCCUUCCUUCUACCCCUGUGGUCUGCAUUAGUUUGAUUGGAGGUGCUUCUGCUAGUUUAUUAAACGAAUUAUUACUGCAUCCUUCAUCUGUCCGUGCAUGGAUGCUGUUGUCACGGUUGUGUUCUAGGAGCCAACCUAUUGUUUUGCUUCUGCCAGUGGAUUCUGUUUUAGAAGAAAAUUUUGAUGAUAUGAAUUCUGUUGCUGGGGAAGACAUAGAGAAUGUUGGUAAAAGAUGGCAGUGUCCAUGGGGUUCCACAGUGGUGGAUGAUGUAGCUCCAGCAUAUAAGCUGAUACUGGAGGAGAAUUUCCUAUCAUCUUCAAAUUUUCCCUUGCCAGAUACAAAAGAGAAUAGGUCUUUAUGGUGGAUGCGGAGAAAGAAGAUUGAUCAAUGUCUUGCUAAAUUGCUAAGGAACCUAGAAGAUUCAUGGUUGGGUCGCUGGAGAUAUGUGCUUCUGGGAGAAUGGUCAAACUGCAAGCAUCUUGACUCUGUACAUAAGAAGUUAGUGCAUGAUCUGAAAUCCAAAUGUAAUGUUGAUGUAAAUGAGUCUCUUCUGAAAGUUAUUAUUGGAGGUGGCAUAGAUGGCUUGAAAGGAGAAUCAUCCAUCACACAGCUUUGUCCAAAGACUGGUUGCUACAUUGGUGCAAUCAGAUAUUCUGAUGAAGAGAGUUGUAGGACACCCACCAACGCAUCUAAUGGAGCUGAAAAUCAGCCUUGCUUGGCCUUAAGAUUGAUACAUGGAGCAGUAAAUGAACUCCAAGGGGAAGAGAACAGAAACAGGGAGCCCAUAAUUCUUGUGUUGGAUAGUGAGGUUCAGAUGCUUCCUUGGGAGAAUAUACCAAUAUUAAGGAACCAAGAAGUCUAUCGCAUGCCAUCUGUGGGUAGCAUAUCUGCUAUUCUCAAUAGAAGCCAUCACCAUGAAGAAGAAUUGUCGCAGAUUGUUGCUUCAUUCCCUUUAAUAGAUCCCUUGGAUGCUUUUUAUCUGUUAAAUCCUAGCGGUGAUUUAAGUAGUACCCAACUUGAGUUUGAGACUUGGUUCAGAGAUCAAAACUUAGAGGGGAAGGCUGGAUCUGCACCCACAGCUCAAGAGUUGGCUGCAGCCUUGAAAAGCCAUGAUCUAUUUAUAUAUUUUGGCCAUGGAAGUGGUGCACAGUACAUUUCCAAACACGAGAUCCAGAAAUUAGAAAAGUGUGCUGCUACUCUCCUGAUGGGAUGCAGCAGUGGUUCAUUGUUUUUAAAUGGUUGUUACAUUCCACAAGGUACUUCUCUAUCCUACCUAUUAGCAGGUUCCCCAGUCACUAUAGCAAAUUUAUGGGAAGUAACAGACAAGGAUAUAAAUCGAUUUGCAAAGGCCAUGCUUGAUGCUUGGUUGAAAGAAAGAUUGAGUUCUUCUAUCAGUUGUGCCCAGUGUAAUUCAGUUGUGAGUGAAUUUGAGGCCUUGAGUGUAAAAGGCAAGGCCAAGAAGGUCUCAAGAAAGAAGGCAACAGAGAGGUAUAAUGACAAUUUUACAUGUAAUAAUCAUACAUGUGAUCAUGGAAAAAAGAUAGGCUCCUUCAUGGCACAAGCCCGUGAAGCUUGCACACUCCCUUUUUUGAUCGGGGCAUCACCAGUUUGUUACGGUGUCCCAACUGGUAUAAGAAGAAAAAAACAUUUGUAGCAUUUUGUUAUCAUAUCAGCUUUUUGGAACUUAAAUGAGAGUAUUUUAUUUUUCCUAUUUUCCCAUCAAAUAACAUUUGAGCCAAAAUUUUGCAACUAAUUGCAUUGUAUAGGAAAAUUAGAUGCCAUUACUAUUUCUAAACAUAAAUUUAUUUGCAACCUUGUAUACAACCACAAGAUCUUAUAUGUAACUGAGAUGUUAACUA